CUGAACCCAAAUCCAUUCACAGCAUCUCUGCCAUGUCCGAGACUACAACGACGACGGGAGAAGUUAGCAUUAGCUUGGAAGGGUACAAGGAACACAACAUAAAGAAAGCAAGGUUACAGUCGACGCUGGCCGCUCUUUUGGACGAUCCCAUACUUUCCGACGUCCCCAAAAAACCGAGCUUAUCGGAUGUCGACACUCUCCUCAACCUCGAAUUCGGCAGCGCUAUGCGCAUCAAUGUUCUCAAGCUCGACGGCACCUCUUUCGAUGUGGCGUUGAUGAACUCUGGUACGGUCAAGGAUCUCAAGCUUGCGAUUAAAAAGAAAGUUAAUGAAAUGGAGCAGUCCAAGAUGGGUCACCGCCACAUUUCAUGGAAGCAUGUGUGGCGGAACUUUUGCCUGUCAUACGGCAAUGAGAAGUUACUGGAUGACAAUGCUGCAGUUGAGGAGUACGGCAUUCGCAACAAAGAUCGGGUGCGCUUUGUUCCUUGUGUUGCGUCCAAGGGUUCUCGGAGGCAUUCAAAGAGGAGGAGACAUCGCUUCUUUCAUGGUCUUAGCAAGCGAAUGUGAUCUUGAGGUUCUUGUAUCUCUGUCUGCUUUCCUUGUCUAUGGAUUUUUCAUUUUUGAAUGUGGAAUGUAAUCUCAGUUGGCCAUUGCUAUCAUUAUACCAAUUCUUGUGAGAUAUAUCAAUGCCUAGAUUGUGUAGAAUCUUUGUCAAAUCUACUAUAUUACUAUGAAUACUGCAAAUCUAUUAUCUCUGUUCUGUUGCAUUACAGAUUCUAUUCAAAUAAUAAAUAAGUGAAACACAUUUUUUGC